GCAGUCAUCCACUUCCGGAAGGGGCUUGUACGCCUACUGCAGGAGCUCCGGGGCCCGGGUUCGGUGCUUGAAGUAGUGGGUGCGCCGACAUGUCUCGCGGUUCCAGUGCUGGUUUUGACCGUCAUAUUACAAUUUUCUCACCCGAGGGCAGGCUCUACCAAGUAGAAUAUGCUUUUAAGGCUAUUAACCAGGGUGGCCUUACAUCAGUAGCUGUCAGAGGGAAAGAUUGUGCAGUAAUUGUUACACAGAAGAAAGUACCUGACAAGUUACUGGAUUCCAGCACAGUGACACACUUAUUCAAGAUAACUGAAAACAUUGGCUGUGUGAUGACAGGAAUGACAGCUGACAGCAGAUCCCAAGUGCAGAGGGCACGCUACGAGGCAGCCAAUUGGAAGUACAAGUAUGGCUAUGAGAUUCCCGUGGAUAUGCUGUGUAAAAGAAUUGCUGACAUUUCUCAGGUGUACACACAGAAUGCUGAAAUGAGGCCUCUUGGUUGUUGUAUGAUCUUAAUUGGUAUAGAUGAAGAACAAGGUCCUCAGGUGUACAAGUGUGAUCCUGCAGGUUACUACUGUGGGUUUAAAGCUACCGCCGCAGGAGUGAAACAAACCGAGUCAACCAGCUUCCUUGAAAAAAAAGUAAAGAAGAAAUUUGAUUGGACAUUUGAACAGACAGUGGAAACUGCAAUUACUUGCCUGUCUACUGUUCUGUCAAUUGAUUUCAAACCUUCUGAAAUAGAAGUUGGAGUAGUUACAGUUGAAAAUCCUAAAUUCAGGAUUCUUACAGAAGCAGAGAUUGACGCUCACCUUGUUGCUCUAGCAGAGAGAGACUAAAUUGUAGUUGACUUGCCAGCUCAAAGGUACCACUUGCCUGUGUGUUGGGUAACAACCAAUCAGCAUUAUGGAGGCCUUUGGUUUGACGAGGGAACCUUUCCCGCUCCUCCUACCAAGAUGUGGUCAGGAGUCUGUACAAAUAAAAACAGUGCUUUUGGAAAAGAA